AACUUCGCUGGCCUAACUGUUUGCUCCUCAUCGUCGUCGACGCCGUUGUUCAAGUUGGCUUUCUGUCAAGGAUUUACUCCUCCUAGGUCUUGACUAGUUUCAACACGGACUCUAAUUCGAAAUAUCCAGAUAUUCCCCUCAUAUAUGGCAUCUUGGCGUUCCGCCUCCCGACCCAUCCGUAUAUUAUCUCGUUCGGUGCGGACACAAGCUCGGUACGACUACACACCUCGAGAUGACCCCAAUAACGCGCUCCACAAUAUAAGAUCAUCGGCGAGUAUUGCUACUCCUCGAGAACUGGUCUCUUACUUGGACCAAUAUGUUAUCGGGCAACACAAGGCGAAAAAGGUUCUAUCAGUCGCCGUUUACAACCACUACAAUCGUGUUCGAGAGAAUAUAUGGAAUAUGGAACAAGAGGAUGACAGUAACUACGAUUGGGAUGAACGUGAUCGACAUCGUGAGCGGGAGCGACCUCAAGACGACUCUGUUGUCGAGCCUGCGCGUAUUCGUCCACGCGCUCGACCCUCCGCGCCAAAUCCACCAGUGAACCAGUUUCCGACUCCUCCAUUAGAGAAGAGCAAUGUACUGAUUUUAGGGCCAACCGGGUCUGGGAAAACACUAUUAGCCCGAACCCUUGCUAGGGUUCUCGAUGUGCCGUUUUCCGAAAACGAUGCAACAUCAUUUACACAGGCCGGAUACGUCGGAGAGGAUGUGGAAAGCUGUAUCCAACAUUUGGUACAAGCAGCGAAUGGAGACGUUUUCCAAGCCAGUCAAGGAAUAGUCUAUAUCGACGAGGUGGACAAGCUGGCGCGUAAGAGUGCAUCGAGCGGUACUGAAGGUUCACGAGAUGUGGGUGGCGAGGGCGUCCAGCAAGCUCUCUUGAGGAUGAUUGAAGGAUCAACUGUGACCGUCCCGGCGAAGGGGGUCUCGGUGGAUGGACCUGGCGUGGCGAGCUCGGAUGGACGGUCGAGGUCAAGAAAUCCUCCUGUUGCACCUCCAAGGCCUGAGGUUUAUCAUAUCAAUACCUCGAACAUCUUAUUUAUAUUAAGUGGCAGCUUCGUCGGACUCGAAAGUAUCAUCAAAAGACGGGUGGCCAAAGGCUCGAUAGGUUUUACUGCUGAUCUGCCCUCACCAUCCAAGGAUGAGACACCAGGUUUUCUUCCAUUCUUCACGCCGAACCGUACUCAGGCUCCGAAUCUACUCGAACUUGUCGAACCGACAGACUUGGUAAAAUUCGGUUUUAUCCCGGAAUUCGUCUCCCGUGUUCCCUCCAUUACGACUUUGUCCCCUCUUACACCUACCGAUCUUCGACGGAUCCUCACGGACGUCCGGGGCUGUCUAGUAGAUCAAUUCACCAGACUCUUUGAGCGCUCGGGUGUAGAGAUUCGGUUUACGUCGAGGGCAUUGGACGAGAUCUGCUUGAAGGCGGCUGAGCGAGGCGGUGGUGCGCGUAGUUUGAGGGGCGUCAUGGAGGCAGUUCUGCUCGAUGCGAACUUCGAAGUACCUGGCACGUCUACACGAUAUGUUCUCAUCGAUGAAGGAGUGGUUCGAGGCGAACAUCCUGCUUGGUACUGGCGAGUGUAUGAGCAGAAAUUAUUCGAGACGGCAUGGGAGAGAGCAGAGGUCGAUGCCAGUGCCACCCCAAGGCUGGAGUUGUGACCUGUGAAGUGCAGCAUCAUGGGUUGUAUAGUACACUGACAGUGAUAAGCUUGGGUGCUGAGGGCUGUUGUACUAUUUUAUUGGCCAUGGGAUAGGAUACCGGAUACCUCAACUUCAGAGCUCAUUUUUCUUUUUUUGCGUAGUGCGUAAAUAUGCAUGAUACAACGAUGUCACCAUUCCUCAAGCUCCAAACCUACUCGCAAACAGGGGUUCUGGUUCUAGGAUAUAGGUGGUAUGAAAACACUAAAUGUAAGGUCAUUGAAACAACAAUUAUGAGAAGGGACUGCUGCGCCACCACACCACACCGAUUGUACAAGGCGCCCAAAAUUCCGAACUACAACUUCACACAGACUACUCUUCUUUCUUCUCCUCGGCAGCUGCCUCCUCGGUUUUCUCCUCAGCCUUGGUCUCAGGCUCAGCAGCGGGUGCGUCGGUGGUGGGUGCUUCCUCAGCAGCAGGAGCAGCGCCACCCGCGAGUUUGACAUUCUCGGCCUGAGCCUCUUCGAACGCGGUCUUGAACUGACCAGCGUUGUCAGAGUUAGCAAAACGAAUGGCAAGGGUCUCAGGUGUGGCCGGCUCCUCCGAGUAAUCUGCGUGAACCUUCCAGACCCAACUUCUGUCCGAACCAAUGUUGGGCUGGAGGCGCAUCUCACCGGAAACGAGGUGGUUCGCGCAAACUUUGAGCGUCUUAUCGCGCCUCAUCACCAGCCUGACCUUCUGCGUCUCCUUGUGCUUGAGCAGCUUGACCUCGCCAGUACCGCGUUCCUUCCAUUCUGAAGAACUAGUAUCGAAGCGGAAGAGCUUCGCGCGCAUUUUAAAGAUCGCAGACUCAUCCUCCUCGUUGGUCUUGGUCUCAACCUGCUCUGUGAGCUUGAUAACGGGCUCGAAAUGGGGAUCGGCCUCCUCCUCCUGCUUUGGGGCGAGGGGGUUGUUGUCAGUGUCAGCCAUUGUGGUAGAUCGUGUAGAGUCGUGAAGAGUGUGUUGUGGUGGUUGAGGGUGAG